AUGAGCGCCUCUGUUCUCUUCGCUGCCGCGGCCGUCGCGGUCGGCGCCUACGUUGCGUACACGCGGACGUCGUCCACCGCCCAGGCCGAGGCGCCGGGGGGCAAGCCCCCGUUUGCCAGCUUCGGGUUCCGCACGCUGAGGCUCGCCAGCAGCGAGACGGUGAACCACAACGUCAAGCACCUGCGGUUCGACCUGCCGGACCCCAAGACGCCGAGCGGCCUGACCGUGACGUCGGCCCUGCUGUCCAUUACCUUUCCCAACGGCCGGUGGCUGCCGGUCCUGCGGCCGUACACGCCCAUCAACGACACCGACGACCUCGGCCGCAUUGACUUUUUGAUCAAGAAAUACCCCGACGGCAAGCAGUCCUCUCACCUGCACGGCCUCCAGCCGGGCGACGCCGUCACCUUCUUCCGCAUUCCCGGCUACAGCUGGACCCCCAACGAGCAGCAGCACAUUGCCGUCAUCGCCGGCGGCCAGGGCAUCACGCCCUGCUACCAGCUGCUGCGCGGCAUCCUGCGCAACAGCAGCGACCGCACCAACGUGACGCUCGUCUGGGGCGUCAACACCGAGGCCGACCUGAUCCUGGACAAGGAGCUGGCCGCCCUGCAGGCGCAGCACCCCGGCCGCCUGACGACGCAGUAUGUCGUGAGCACGCCGUCCACGAGCGCUACAUCGUCCACGGCCUUCAAGAGCGGCCACGUCACGAGCGCGGUGCUCAGGGCCGCGGGCGUCUCGGCGGCCGACGGCGUCGGCAAGGUGUUUUUGAGCGGCCCGCCCGCCAUGGAAAAGGCACUGUUGGCGCGCGACGGAGCGCUGGCUGAGCUGGGCUUUGGCAAGAAGGAGGUGCACAAAUUCUAG